GGUCAGCGGCGCUACGGCGGCGGAGGCGGCUGCGGCGGGCGAGGCGGCGGCGGCUCCAGGACGGUGGUGGCGGCGUCGGCGACGUACCCCUCCGGAUACUGGGGAGGCGGCCGGACCGCCAAGAACCAGCGCGCCGACGACGUACUGCACCCGGCGCCCGUGGGCGACGCGGCCGCGCCCUACAGCAGGCUCAGCUCCGCCUCUUCGGGACCCAAGAGCCCCUGGUCACCGAGCGCGGCCCCUCCCAUCGCCUCGCCGGAAGAGUACGACGACGAGUACCGCGACUACGGCAAGAUCAGGACGGUGGCGCGCGGCGCCGUGCUGCCGCCGGACGUGCCGCCUCCGCCGCCGCCCUCGUCGCCGCCCCCGGAGCUGGAGAACGCGAGCAGCAGCAGCAGCAGCGGCGGCAGCAGCCGCAGGGGCAGCACCAGCUCCGGAAGUGACAGUGGCGACAACGAGGACCGCCGCACCUACCGGCGCAUGAUGGACGAGCUGAGCGCCAUGGAGGUCUCGGGCAAGAGGCGCCAGCAGCAGCACGCGCAGAAGCAAGGCAAGCUGCAGCAGGUGCAGGACGAGCGCGGCCUGCCCAUCAAGCGCUGGGAGUACAGCGGCAAGGGCGUGCUGGUGCAGGAGGUGGACGAGGGCCAGCCGUGUCUCGAGUGCCAGGAGAAGUGCCCCGGCUUCACGCCGCACGUCUGGCGGAAGACAUGCAGCAGCUGCAAGUGCCCGCGGGACGCGCACGACGUGUACCACGAGGAGUGGGUGAACGUGCGCGAGCGCCUCGGCUUCAAGCCCGACCGCCUGGAGCCGCGGGACCGCUCCGUGAGCGACGGCUACUGCUGGGUGCCGCCGGGACUGCAUUCCACGCAGCAGAUUGAGAAAUACUUCUCAGAGCUGCCUCCUGAGAAAGUGCCAGAGAUGGGAAGUGUGGGUGAAAAAUACCGUGACAAGCAACUGGUGCUGCAGCUGCCCAAGCAGGACUUGGCACUUGCUUACUGCAAGCACGUUGAGACACAGCACCAUGCAUCCUAUGAGGACUUUAUAAGUGCUCGGAAUGAAAUUGCCCUCGACAUUGGAUAUGUUCGUGAAGCUGGUGCCUACACGGAGUGCCCACAAUGUUUGAAGACAUUGGCACCACAGGAUUUGGGUGUUGUGGCACCUAAAUUUGGUGAUCGCACUUUGUGGCACCCAGCUUGCUUCACAUGUACAACUUGCAAGGAGCUGUUGGUUGACUUGACUUACUGUGCCCAUGAUGAUCUGCUCUACUGCGAGAGGCAUUACGCUGAGCAGCUCAAGCCACGCUGUGCUGCUUGUGAUGAGCUUAUCUUCAGCGGGGAGUACACCAAGGCGAUGUCCAAGGACUGGCACUCCGGCCACUUCAGCUGCUGGCAGUGCGACGAGUCGCUGACGGGCCAGCGCUAUGUGCUGCGCGACGACCACCCCUACUGCAUCAAGUGCUACGAGUCCGUGUUCGCCAACGUCUGCGAGGAGUGCAACAAGAUCAUCGGAAUCGACUCCAAGGAUCUUUCUUACAAGGAGAAGCACUGGCACGAGGCAUGCUUCCUGUGCAACAAGUGCCGCGUGUCCCUCGUGGACAAGCAGUUCGGCUCCAAGGGCGAGAAGAUCUACUGCGGCAACUGCUAUGACUCGCAGUUCGCCUCCAGGUGCGACGGCUGCGGCGAGAUCUUCCGCGCAGGCACUAAGAAGAUGGAGUACAAGACGCGCCAGUGGCACGAGAAGUGCUUCUGCUGCUGCGUGUGCAAGACUCCCAUAGGCACCAAGAGCUUCAUCCCUCGCGAGCAGGAGAUCUACUGCGCCACAUGCUACGAGGAGAAGUUCGCCACAAGAUGUGUCAAGUGCAAUAAGAUUAUUACAAGCGGAGGCGUGACCUACAAGAACGAGCCGUGGCAUCGCGAGUGCUUCACGUGCACCAACUGCAACACGUCGCUGGCUGGCCAGCGCUUCACGUCCCGCGACGAGAAACCCUACUGCGCCGACUGCUUCGGCGAGCUGUUCGCCAAGCGCUGCACUGCCUGCUCCAAGCCCAUCACAGGCAUCGGCGGCACGCGCUUCAUCUCGUUCGAGGACCGCCACUGGCACAACGACUGCUUCAUCUGCGCCAUGUGCAAGACGUCGCUCGUUGGUCGGGGAUUCAUCACCGACGCCGACGACAUCAUCUGCCCCGACUGCGCCAAGCAGAAGCUCAUGUGAGCUGACCACCCACACAACUCCUCCUCCAUUCUUUAUUUGCCAUUUUAUAUUUUAUCGUCAAGCUUUGUUUUUUCUUUUCUAGAGAAGACCGUUCAGCAUUCGUCAGUAUAUAUACAUAAAUACAUAAAUAUAUAUAUAUGAUAAUAUUUUGAUGUUUAGUGGAGGUCUAAUUUUUAGGAGAAUAAUUAUUACUUUACGUACGUGGGAAUAAUGUAUCACCGAAAGUGAUCAAGUGCCUCAUAUCGCAUGCUACGUGGUCUGCACGAGUGUUCGAGCCCGAGGUUCGGGACUAUAUCUUGCGCCUCUGGACAUUUCGGUUGUAAAAACGUUCAGGUGUCGCAAGAGCAGGCCACGUUGCCUCUAACACUGGAGAGCUUCCACGUCGCACGUCGUAACCGACUCCUAUAUCACAAUGGAUGAAAACGCGUAUCAGCGGUUGUAGAUUUUAAAGAGAUAUACAUAUAUAUAUAUUUGUUUAUACAUAUGAUGUACAGCUGGUACUUUUUAACGUAGAAUUGGAGAUGUAAGUUUAUUUUGCGACGAGAGAAGAAAAAUAGAUAUUUUUUAAGGAGUUGAACUCUUUAAGAGACUUUAGUCAGGCACUUUUAAAACAAAAAAUAACCUCAGUCCUAAAACCAGGACACGAGAGUAGAUCCUUUCCACAGAUACUGGGCGUGGCCUCCACACACAUACACUUCACAAGUAUACACGCCACACAUUGGCCGCCCUAACACAGCCGCACCGCACUAACACAAGCUCACUUCUGCUUUCAAAUCUAGGGUUAAUAAGAGUAGAUUCUUAAGAGAUGGAAAACGAUUAAAAUCCAGGAAACCAAAAAAAUUGACUAUAUUGUAAACAUAACUUUUAACAAACUAAAUUACACACACACACACACACACACACACACACACACACACACACACACACACACACACACACAAA